AUGGCUAAUCGCGCUAAAGCUUUCAUCCGGAUUCGACCAUCUGCUAGCCAUGCUUAUAACAACAAAAUAUUUUCAGACAUUCGAAUAAAGAGUGAGUGGGAGUCGAUGUUUACGAAAAUCUUCGACAACGUAUCGCAAGCGAAUGUAUUCAAAGAAGCGGCUAAUGAUUUUGUUCCAGCUGCACUCAACGGCAUAAACGGAACUCUUCUUUGCUAUGGGCAAACUGGAGCGGGAAAGACCUACACCAUGAGUGGAGUGUGUCAGCUCUAUCCUGAUCGUGGAAUUAUUCCACGCUCAUUGGCUCAACUCUUCGAAGAGAUCUCCAAGCAGCCGUCACAAAACAUACUUGUUCGCCUCUCUUAUGUAGAGAUUUACAACGAACAACUCCUGGACUUACUCGGAGCGGGCGCCAAGGGACAGCGGGCCCAUUUGUCCAUUACCGAUGGUGAAGAUGAAGUGAUUGUGAAAGGUCUCACAUAUCCUGUCGUGACCAGUUUGGAAGAAGCUUUCAAGGUGUUGUUUGAGGGUGAGCUGAAUCGAACUGUCGGACCACAUGCCCUGAACCGAGCGUCGUCCAGAGCACACACUAUCUUCACCAUUCACCUCACGGUGCGCUCAUUGUCAGAUUCCAAUGGAGCUGUGAAGACAAGCCGAAUACACUAUGUGGACCUGGCUGGUUCUGAGAGAGUGCGAAAGACCCACUCAGAAGGACAAUUAUUGAAAGAAGCAAACUACAUUAAUCGAUCGCUCACCUUCCUGGAGCAAACUGUCCUUGCAUUGUCCGAUCCGACUCGGGAACACAUUCCUUAUCGGCAUUCGAAGCUAACCCAUUAUUUGAAGCACGCCAUCGGGGGACGAUGUCAGACCGCAUUUAUUUUCAAUAUUUGGGACGAAGAACGAUUCGUCGAGGAAACAAACUCAACCAUUCGUUUCGCGAACAGAGUAUUGCGAAUACCCUGUAAACCGGUGGAGAAUCAAAAAUAUGAUGCUACGGCCACGAUAAAUCGAUUGCAAAAGGAGAAUGAGCGGUUGAAGCGGGAACUGUUGAUGUACGAUACCUUGAACAAUCGUGGUCGAGUGAAUUAUGGUCAACUCACCGAGUAUGAAAAAGAACAAGUUCGUACGCAAGUUGCAAAGUUUCUGGAUGGGAAGCUGACCGAUUUGGAGGUAGUGAACCUUAUUCAACUCCAAGAAAUAUUCAAUUCAUUCAAAGGGGAACAUCGGAAAUUGCGCCACCAAAUAGUAGAAAUCGGGAAACAGGCGAAGAGUGCACGUAAGAACCCCGACGGCACCUCAACUGCGGCGGCAGCUGGCACACCGACUGGCCAGGGAACCGGUCGUACAUCGGGCAAGCGGCAAGUUAACACAGAUAACGAACCUCCUCCCACACCACAAGUGGGUGAAUUAGUACCAUCGAGUGGAUCAGGCAUCACAGCCCCAGAUGAAAUGACUUCACUUACUUACAAUGCGAACAGCACGUACUUGCAGGUGAAGCAAAAAGAACGAGCACAGAAUGUGGCUUCCUCAAAGAGCCAAACAGAAAAUGUUGUGCUUGCUCAACCUGUUACCACGGAUGUACAUCCUAAAUCGGAAGAAUUUCCAUCCAAGAAGGAAGCGUUUGAAGAAUUCAAAGCAGAAGCUGGAAGAGAGUUGUUUAAAGUUUUCCAGGAGAACAAAACACAACUCGCGGAAACGUUCAAGGAAGCGCAAUUGACCGCUACCCAGGUAAAUCAACACAAAGCGCGACUGGAAGAACUUCAUCGGGUUCUGCAUCAAAAGAAGGCGGAACGUGAGGCCCAAGGACUUCUCUGGACUACUGAAGGCGAUCCCAUCAUCACGGAAGAGGAAUUCGAAGCAAUUGAAAGCAUACGGGAACUGAAGGAGGAGUACAACGAAUUGUUCGAAAAAUGGAAGAGCCUGAAAGGAGUUGUACACUACUGUAGACAUAUGGUUGAUUUAGCUCGUUCUAAGCUUGUCCAAGAGUUUGACGCUUGGUACAAGGGAAGUUUCCUUGAGAUGGACAGCUCCGAGAUGAAGAUGAAAGACAAUCUCACAUCAGGCAUGGAGAAACAGGAAGAGAUGGAAGAUUUCCAGAGAGUACAGGAUCUUCUUUUUGAGCGAUCGCCGGACGGCCGAGCCUAUGAAAUUGCCAAAGAAGCGGUCAUUCAUAAGCACGUUUUCGGGCCGAACGGAAGACCAAAAAAUGUCAAAUAUGGACUUCCCCGGGGUAUACCUGUUGAAUAA